UUGUUGUAAUAGAAAUGAUUAGAGUCAAUGUGAGUCACAUACCCAUCCCAAUACCGUGGGCUCCACCAUGGCAACGCAAAUCAGCCAUGGUUCAUGCACCUUCCCUCUCUUCCAUUUCCGAAACAAUUAAACUAAUUCUCAUUCUUGUGAUCUCUCCACCCAAAUAAAUCUCAUCUUCCCCUCUUUCGUUUCUCACAUCAUGAACACCGCCACAAAGCUUCAUCUUCACAAGCAACGACACCCUUCAGAUCCCAGCUUUCUUCUUUCUCUCCUUCUUCAUCUACCCAUUUCUUCAUCAUCACUUUCAGGUGGGGGAGAGGAAAAUGAUGGGUUAAUAUGGGUUUCAGAUUUGGUUUUUCUUUCGUUCUCUAUCUGCGGGCUUCUCAGCAAUAGAACAUGAGGAUUCGGGUUUAAUGUUUGGAAAUUUUAUUUAUUUGAUUAAUUUUGGUUCCUUUUGGCUCAAACUGCAUUGUAUCUGGUUCACAUAUUGUUUUGAUGUUUUUGGGUUUGGAGACGGCGGUUGGGUCUGAUUGGUUGCUGAGAAAACAGUGGAAACGAAGCACUGGUCUCGUCCUUGGUGGGGCGAAAAAAAUGAUGGGGCAUAUAGGUUUCGGGUUUGGUUUGGUUUUCUUUCCGUGGAUUUCUGAGCAACCAAACAGGGCAUUUCUGUCUAUUUUAUUUGUCUGAUAAGUUUGAUUUAAUGUUUAUACUGUAUUAGAUAUUUGAAUCAUUCUUAGAGAUCCUGUGCUUGAUGUUUGAAGUUGAUUUGGUAUAUGUAAGCAUUCGCGUUUCAUUUGGUUCUCUUUUUUGCCCUGGAUGAAGUCUCCUCUAAAAGGAAAGAAAAAUUUGAGGAAUAAUUUCAUUAGUGGCUCUAAAACUUGGUCAAAGAAGAACUAACAUUGCUUAGUGUGUUGGGAUCCAUUAUAUUGUCUGUUCGUGUGCUUUGACAUGGUAUUUUUUGCCACAAAAAAUUGCACAAGGACUUAUGUCACCCAGACGAGUGCCUAAAAUGGAACUGAAUGCUAUUAAUGAUGUUGAAGAUAUGAGCACUGCACGAAGAACUCAGCAUGAGCUGUGGCCACUUGAUGAAAUUGAUCCAAAAAAGGCAAAGUUGCCAUGCUGCUUAGUUUGGACUCCACUCCCUGUAGUCUCGUGGUUGGCACCAUUCAUUGGACAUGUGGGCAUAUGCAGGGAAGAUGGAGCUAUUCUAGAUUUUGCAGGAUCCAAUUUUGUGAAUGUUAAUGAUUUUGCAUUUGGUGCUGUUGCAAGAUACCUUCAACUUGAUAGAGAGAAGCAGUGCUGCUUUCCUCCAAAUCUUGCUGGGCACACAUGCAAGAACGGCUACAAGCAUGCGGAGAAUGGGACAGCAGUCACAUGGGAUGAUGCAUUGCUCUCAAGUAGUCAUCAUUUUGGACACAAAUCCUACAACCUCUUCACUUGCAAUUGCCAUUCAUUUGUUGCUAACUGUCUGAACAGGCUUGCCUAUGGUGGAUCAAUGGGUUGGAACAUGAUCAAUGUGUGCGCCCUCAUACUCUUCAAGGGCCGUUGGGUGGACAGCAUGUCAAUCUUUAGAUCAUUUUCCCCUUUCAUGUUGGUGCUCUGCCUAGGUGUUUUCAUGGCUGGGUGGCCAUUCUUGAUUGGGUUACUAUCCUUCUCUCUCCUCCUUAUUGGGUGGUUUCUACUUGGUACAUACUGUUUCAAAAACGUGCUAGAAUGUUGAAUUAUUGGUGUCAAUAAAGGAUGAGAAUAUAUGUUUGAUGGAGAGGAGAUGCAGGCUGUUAUAGUGUUCCUUCUACAAAGUUGUGUUCAUAAUACCAGAUGUGGUUUGCACUCUAGGCAUUGGGGAGAAUCUGUACUGAUGCCAACACAUGGGUGCACUGAUGCAUAAAAAAAACUGAGAUGAUUGUAGAAUUAUUGUUUCAAGAAAAUGAAAGUUUGACAUUUUGUUUCU